CGCACACAGCCUCCUCUUCUGCUCCUUGUCUCCCUGUCAAGCUAGUAGACCAGUAGUAGUACAGCUCCUCAGCCCUCAGUGCAAGAUUCAACCUGCUACAGUUCUCCUUGCUUCCGCAGUUAUCCUGCACAGAGGUUCGUUGUUCCUGUUGUUGGCAGGCCCUAUUGUGGUUGCUUUCCGUAAACAGCACCUCGAUCUGCUCCUCGGGCAGUCGCCAGAUUCGAUUGAUGCGGGGCGCUCUUGGAGCCAGGGGCUGUAAUUUUGUCAACAGCUUCCCGUACUCCCCCAUUCCCGACUUUGAUGAGGCUCUCCCAUUGUGAGAGCCACUGCGCCGGCCCCUUCCGCUUCAUCCCCUGCCUCCUCCCAUCCAAAGAUGCCAGCCGCGACGCUGCCUCCGCGCCGGCGCCGCGCCCGGCCGCCGUCGCCGAGGAGGAGCCGCCUCCGGUUCAGAAGAUAGAGGUGCCGGAAGCCGGAAAGGACGGCGACGCUGAGAAGCACGAGGAUGACGAGAAGGCGACGGCGCCGGCUAAGAGUUGCCUGAAGAGAACCAGCUGCGGCGAUGACAGGUGUGCCGACAAAGGCAAUGUAAAGUGGCUGGAUUUGCUGGGGAAAGAUCUGACAGAGAUUAAGGAGUACGAGCCAAGCGAAUGCGGAGACCUGCUUGACGACGGAGACGGCAUCUCGACAUGUGUUUGCGUUAUCCAAUGAGUCAAAGAAGAAUCCCGCUAAUUCUGGUGACGGGGAAAGAAGGGUGGUUCGCAUCGGCCAUGAUGCGUUCUUUCCGGUCGAUGGCCAGGGUGUCUUGUUGCUAACCUCCAUGAGCUCCGUCGAAGAUGCCCAAUUAGCUGUUGUGUUGUGUGUAAACCAGUCUCAUCAGUACAUGCCACUGUAUAUGCUUCGUAGCUUAGCCGUAGGUUUGUAUCAGUUUAUCAGGUCUAUGUGCAUCGGUUACUGGGUAGCAUAGACAGGAUGUAACCUUUUUGUAAAGCUUUUAUACUAGGGGAGAAAAAUGGCUUAGU